UUCUACAUUUUUAUCUUUUUGAUUGAUUCAAGAAUUUUUUUCUUUCUUAGAUUCCAAAUCCCACAGAAACCAAUUUAUAUAAAUUUGAUAAGAAGACCAAUAGACCGUUUAGUAUCAUAUUACUAUUUUUUGCGAUAUGGAGACAACUACAGGCCGAAUUUGGUGCGACGAAAAGCGGGCGAUAAAAUGACAUUAGAUGAGUGUAUAAAACGAAAGCAACCGGAUUGCGAUGUAAAAUAUAUGUGGCUGCAAGUGCCAUUCUUUUGUGGUCAUGCGGCUGAGUGCUGGCGACCGGGUAGCGAAUGGGCGUUAGAGCAAGCCAAGUAUAACUUAGUGAAUCAUUACUUUUUAGUUGGAGUAACAGAAGAAAUGGAAGAUUUCAUAUAUCUAUUAGAGUUAUCGUUGCCAAGAAUAUUCAAAGGAUCAAUGAAUCAAUAUCUAAACUCGAGUAAAUCGCAUCUGCGUCAGACGACAUCAAAGAUCGAUCCGAGUCCGGAGACGAUAGCUGCAAUAAAAAAGACCGAAGUAUGGCGGUUGGAGCACGAAUUCUAUGAAUUUGCAUUGCAGCAAUUCCACUUCAACUACAAAUUGCAGAACAAAAUUAAAGUACAGGGUCAAAAUUUGGAGCAAAAAUUCUUUUACGAAAAAAUUCGACCAAAAAAAUAGUGAAAAAACAACAAGACGAUCUCAUUUUAUGUUUUUGUAUGAUUUCACAAAAAGCGAUUAAUGACAUUUACAAUUGCAUCAAAACACGCGGUCAUUGAUAGUGUAGAAGCCAUUCGAUCGUAUAUAAGCAUCGAUAGAUUUGUUCGUUCACUGAGUUUUACCUUUAGUUCUUCUUUGUCAAUUUAUAAAAAAUACUCUAUUAGCGAAUUUUCAUUCAGCAGUCAAUUGCUAUACCUAUUCAACAACAAAAAAAUGCUCAACACUUGAUAUUUCGUAUCACAGACAUGAUACUCUACUGAAAUUAUGAUAUUGUUGCCUGAUCAGUGGCACUUUGUCAGGAACUGUUAGAUUUCUCUUUUUUUUCUAUCUAGUUCUUAUGUCUAGAUCCUAUUUAUAGAAAGCAAAGACCGACUUAAUUUUUUACCAACAAAAACAUACACACACCGAACAUUUUCUAUUUUUUGUCACCAAUUAGCUUUUAUUUAUUGUGUAAUUAAAUGCAACAAAAUUAGACUAAGAGUAACGGACUCAAGGUGAAGAAUAAAAAGACAUUUUAUUAUUCACAAA